GUCUGUUUCCGUCCUAAAUCGUUAACGGAACUCGAUGUUCUUGAACGCACCCCAGAUGUAAGUUGUUGUAGCAACGAGCUAAGCCAUGCAUGCAGCUGAAGCGUCUGUUGUUUCUAGUCCUAGACACAGUUGUUUCAAUUAAUGGUAAAUAAAUCAUCAAAUGUGGCUAGUUUUUGGCUUCAAAUAUUGACUAACGAGUUGAACAACGUCGUAUGUCCUGUAUUGAGUACAUUAGCUAGCUAAGUUAGCACUAUCAAGGCACCAUAGUACCCAUACAGGCACAUCUUUGCUGGAGAAAUGUCUGCAGUCAGCAGCCUGGUCCCGGCUCGAUUCCUGACUCUCACUGCUCACCUCGUCAUCGUCAUCACCAUUUUCUGGUCACGGGAGAACAAUGUUGAAGCUUGCCUGCCUUUGGAUUUCACACAGGACCAAUACGACAAGGAGGACACCAAGUUGGUGGUAGCGUUGUCAGUCACCAUGGGUCUGUUUGCUAUAGAGCUGGCUGGCUUCUUCUCUGGUGUGUCUAUGUUCAACUGCACCCAGGGCCUCCUCUCGACUGCAGUCCAUGCCAGUGCCUCUGUGGCUCUGCUGUUCUUUCUGUUUGAACAAUGGGCAUGUGAAAUAUACUGGUGGAUCCUUGCUUUCUGCAGUGUUCUCCCUGCGUUUGUGGAGAUCCUACUCUUCAUCGCAGUGUUCGGACUGAAGAAGAAGCCACUAUAACCGAGAGCAGUGUUUCACAUCGAUGUUUGGUCUGGAAUGUAGUGUCCAUCCUUCCCAGCACUUGUACACAGCUGUGCAAGUGUGUGACACAUUGU